AUGCCUUCUCGCAGCAUGCAGAAAUGUGUGCCAUACGGAGACAAACAGCCGAUGAAGUUUGUGAGAAACUACAAGAAUGGAUUGGAAGAAUUUUGCAAACAAUACGGUAUUCGACAUUCGUUUUCGACACCUUAUCAUCCACAGGCUAAUGGAUCUGUUGAACGUCUUAACCGCUCUCUGGGUGUAUCUUUGUCUAAGAUGAUUGCGUCACAUCAACGAGAUCGGUAUGACCAUCUCUUUGCGGCACAAUUUGCUCACAAUACAGCAUACCACGAAACCAUGGGAGAUACACCUUAUAGAAUCGUUUUCAAAGAUUCCCCAAGAACUAUGUUACACGUAGCAGCGGAUCUGGUAUAUUCUGAGUCAACAGAUGAACAUCAACUACCUACCGUGUAUGCUGACCAAGAACAGGAGAAAGUUGCAGAAAUAUGUCGCGGAAAGAAAGUUAUUUCUGUUCAUCACGAUCGGAUGAAACCACACAAGUCAAGGCCCGUACAUCUCACAUCGGAAGUGAUAUGUCAACCGAUUGAUAAUCUCCAACACGAUAAGACGGAUCCUGGACGGGAUGUAGGGUCCAAGGAAUGGGAAUGUUGUUCAGGAGGCGUUGACCAACCGGAGAAUGGCAGCAAUGACGAUAUGGACCAACUGGAGAAUGAUAACGAAGACAGUAUGGGUGAAGACCACAAUGGUGAUGAUGCAGUUCGAAUCCAACGUCCCGUCCGCAAUCGACGUCGCCCACAGCGAUACGGAGAUUACCUAAUGGAUUCUGACAUUGAUUCUAGUAUGGACUCUGAUUAA